UGCGUUCAUAUCCCUGGAAAUGGGUUUGCAUGGGGGAACUAUCAGUGUCACUGUAGCAACGGAUUUUAUUACCCAGAGGAUUUGGCCGUCGACAAAUAUUUUGAUGGGGAGAAUGUGGAAAAACUAUAUUUGGACUAUGUUCAAAACAUGUCAUCGGACUAUUUGACUAGCUUCCAGUGUCUUCCGUGUCGGAAAGGAUGUGAGGAAUGUGAGGGAGAGGUGCCGUGUAUAGUGGAAUAUAACGUAUUAUUACGU